AGUGCGUUCGGUCGUGCCUGCGAUACUAAGACAGCGCAUCGUCGUUUUUGAAAGCAGAGAACACAAACGGAUAAAACCACUGGUGCGCGCGCGAAAGUAUCGCGGUCAUCGGCACACAUUUCGUGAUCGGAGCCGCGGAGGCGUUCCGAAUAACAAAGCGCGCGACCGCGAAGGAGUAGAGACUUUUAUCAGUGCCGGGACAGGCGUUAACGGGAUAUUGUUGCGAUAUAGCUGGAGGAUAAUAAUAUCAUGAGCGAACCCAAGGCAGAUGAUUGUCAUCGUCUUGAGCUGUAUUCCGAAGCCACGAGGUUAGAAAGCAGACAACUUACCGGCUGCCACAGCCGCUGCUGCUGACUCACGUGUGUGCGUGUGUGCAUAAAGUGUCCAGUGAUAGUUUUCUGUGCGGUGCAGAUCCGGCUAAUUUUUUGUCUUCUUCGUACACUGCUGCUUUUGCACGCCAACGGAUAUGCUCAAGAUACGAAUGCUCGACUACAUCGGCGACACCGGGAGGCAACAGCUCGAGCAGUCUGUCUACUGCGAGGCGGACUCGACACGCAGGAGUCCAGGCGAGGAUCGCCACGAUGCCAGAGGCACGGACAAGCUCAAGGGCCCGACGCAGGAUCUGUUCGAGCUGCUCGAGCGGGUGCAGAGUUCGCGGCUGGACGACCAACGCUGCGUGCUUCCUCCCUACUUUAGUCAGACUUCACGAGAUGAGCGAGUGACAACGAGCGCAAGUCCGAAUUCGCAGCCGAGCGGCAGCCCGACGCCGGUGCCGUCGCCAGUGGGCGAAGCGCCGAUGGGCCGCGCCCUCAUGGAAGCGGCACUCCAGCAAUCGGCAGCCACAGCAAUACCGCCGCCGAUGGUCGUGACGCCCGCCGGCUAUUGGCUGGACGGCACCGAGCACAGGCACGCACUGGACGCGGCCGGCAGGGCGCUGCUGCCCGCGCAGCCCGCUUGGCAGCCGCGCAUCGAUCAGGACGACACUGCGAAGUGUUACAGGCGGUUCUUCGUCGGCAGGGAGCACUUGAACCUCGUUGGAAGAGAUUCGGAUAACGGGCCGGUGCUGGUGUCGGUCAAAGCAGAAACAGUCGCCGGCCAAGAGCACUGGAGGGUAUUAUUGCGAUUGCGUGUCGGCUCGACGCACGAACUUGUGCCUGCUGCCGUACUCGGACCUAAUCCUUCACCUGCGAAAAUGGUCAAGGCGAUAAACGAGGGACUGCAGGUGAGCACGCUGAUGCCAGUGGUGUGCUCGGGCGCCGGCACGCUGAUAGCUCGUUACGACGAGCACGCCCUGGUGUCGCGCUACAAGUUCGGGGUGCUGCACCAGCGAGCGCGACAGGUGACCGAGGAGCAACUGUUCGGCAACCGCCAGAUAACGCCGGCCUUCCAAGAGUUUCUCGAUUUGCUUGGACAGAGGAUCGACCUGAAGGAUCACAAAGGAUACCGAGGUGGCCUGGACACUCGACAUGGCCAAACGGGCGACACAGCGGUUUACGAAGUGUUCCGUGGCCGCGAAGUGUUGUUCCACGUUGCUUCGAUGUUACCCUUCAGCCCGGGCGACGCCCAACAAUUACAACGCAAACGACACAUUGGCAACGACAUCGUGGCUAUAAUAUUCCAAGAGGAACCGACGCCGUUCAGUCCCGACAUGAUUGCCAGUCAUUUCUUGCACGCUUUCAUCGUCGUGCAGGUCGUCGAUCCAUGCACACCCAACACCAGGUACAAGGUGAGCAUAACAGCUCGAGAUGACGUUCCAUGGUUUGGCCCAACACUGCCAACACCCGCAGUAUUUUUACGAGGAGUCGAGUUCAAAGAGUUUCUACUAACGAAACUCGUCAACGCGGAGAACGCUGCUUACAAAGCCGAAAAGUUCUCCAAACUGGAGUUAAGAACGCGAUCAGCUCUGUUGGAAUCGUUAACGGAAGAGUUACAAACAAAGACAGCGGAAUUCCUAGGUGCGACAGCAGGGAAUCUCAGCUCGUUCUUAGGCAAUUGCCCGGUCAGUCCGACCUCGAAUGACGUAUCCGGCACAGCAUCUGGUGGCAGUGGCUCGCGAUUCAUCGACACUGUGAGAAAAGCAUUGAUCUCGCGAGUGAGAAACGCGUCGACGGAAAGUGUACCACAGCAGUUGUCGAAGAAAGCACAGAGUUUGGAACCAAGCCCACCUAGUAACAGACAGUCGACAAGUAAAUUGGCCAGUGGCAAGAGAAGUGUGGAACCGUCCAGUCCACUGGGAUCGCCAGACUUGACCCUCAGGAGGGACUCAGAUCGAAAGAGUCCGAGUCUAGGCAGUCAAGACAGCAGUUUAUCCAAUACGGAAAACCAAGACAACAGUAGCCUAACAACAGUGCAGCACGAGGACGACAAACGGGAGACGAGCUCGUUAAACGGUUUACCAAGUGACAGUAACACGACAGUAGUUGAAAAAUGCGGUAGUAGUAGUAACGUAAUUCUUGUGGGUUCGUCAUCGUCGUCGACGUCGAGUUUCCAAAGGCUGACCCACGAGAAUCUACGUAGACGGGAAGAACGGGCUGCGGCGGCGGCAGCAGCUGCAGCUUGUUUAGAGAAGCCAGAAUCUCAACAGAGGGUUAUUUCCGAGAGUGACGACAGUUCGCUCAACAGUGAACUGGAGCUCGAUCAGGCGGUUUAUCCCGACAGCGAUACGGGACUGGAGAGUAUGAGUUCGGCCGAAACUCACGAAGCAAGGUGUGCUGCCAAGGACAACGCUGGAGCAGCUACAGAAACGGAGAGUCUCAGGCAAGAAGUUACGAGACUCAAGUGCGACAAGCUGGACUUGUUGAGGCAGAAUGUGACGUGUCAACGAGACAUCAAGCGUUUACGGGAGAAGGAGUUGCAACUACAGAGCGAUCUCGCGGCAGCAUCAAAGGAAAUUCUUCGACUGAGGACGAUGUUGAAAGAGUGCUCGACCAGUAUCACUUUGGAAAAUAACAAUCAGCAGGCGUCGACGGUCUGAGAGAAACAAUCGAUUGUCACGCCAGAAUUGGACAAAGGAAAAUGAUUAAAUUCUACCGUGAGAGAGAGAGCGUCUUCACGGAAGAGAGUUUCGACGUCGAUGAGAAGCAAGCGAAAAAAUAAUGACAAAAAAAAACACAAAUUCUUCUGUCGUGCUUCACCUCUUCGUCUUUUCGUUGUCGAUGUCACCUAUUUGUUUUCCGAGGCGAGAAACAGAAGAAAAUAAACGAUCGGUACAAAUACAUAGAGACAGGCGCCUAUUAUAUGUUUUCUAUAUAAGAUAGGAAAAAGGAAGAGAGUAAAAAAUUUAUCUUUCUGGACGCGCAUCGAUAAUAGCAUAUGCAUAGCCGUGUAUAUGUGUUAAAACCUGUAAACCUGACUGUGAGAGUACUUGUGCAAGUUGUAUUUGGAAAGUAUUUAAUUAAGAUACUAAUUUAUUUGUAGAUCGUAAGAGACAAAUCUCUCUUCGUAGUCAAUGUAUAGAGAGCAGAGCAAGAAAACAAAAAGAAAAAAUGAGAGAAAAAUGUAAAUUAAUUUUAACUUUUACGAGAGCGUGAAGCUUCAUGAUAUGCCACGUCGCUAUCGUUGAGUGUGUAGAUGGUGAGACAAACAAACAAAAUAACAACAUUUUUAGAUUGUAGAAGAAAAUCGUUUAACGUUACUUAAGAUUCUAAGUAGCGAAAGCGAGCACAUCUUUAUCCAUAUUAUUAUUAUUAUUAUUAUUGCUAUUAUCAUCAUCAUCAUUAUCAUUAUCAUUAUCAUUAUUAUUAUUAUUAUUAUUAUUAUUAUUAUUAUUAUUAUUAUUAUAUUAUUAUUAUUAUUAUUAUUAUUAUUAUUUUGUAAGUAUUAGUUGAAUCGUGUUACCUAACUUUCUUUUUCGAUUAUUAAAUGUUUUUUUCUUUCACUGUUGCACAAAUCUUUUCGAUUUUUGCCGGCUUAUAGAGAGUACAUUAUAUAUGUAUAUUAUUAAUUUUUUCCGUAAAAGGAAUUCGAUACAGUGUGUGUUAAAAUGUGUACCUUGCGACGUUUGGCGAAACCAUCGCUGAUUGGCUCUACCAAAAUCAUAUAGCACAUAAUUUUAACGACUCUUUUUGUAUGUUCUUUCUUAACAGAGACUGCUUCCAAAAUUGGUUGGUAAUAAUUACAUUUUUAUAUAAUUUGUAUCUAAUUCCUAAUUUUUAAUCGAUUUUUUUUUCUACUAAGCGGAAACGGUUGGCAUCGACUUUAACGUUGAAUGUUAUAUGUACUACUAUUAUAAAGGCAGAACAGUUUCUCGAGAAGAAUUCAAAAAUGUUCUGAAUUUCGAUACUACUUACAUGCCAAGCACUGUUGCAUACAAAAUAGUUGUUUUUCUACAGGUUAUUAUUUUUGUUCAUUACUUUUUACUAUCCGCAUUUUUUACUAUUAAUAAUAGUUCUUUUUCUCUUAACGCCUACUUUAAUUUACUAGUAUUUUCAUAUACGUAAAUACGUUUUUUCUUUGUGUGUAAAUAUUCAUGAGGCACCAAACCGAAUCUAGUAUCGAUCGCUAACCCACGCAUAACAAAUACCAAAGUUUAUCUCAAUAAGAUAUUGCUCUUUAUAUUUCUACAUUCCUACUUUUCUUUAUACUUCAAACUGUACAAUGUUCUCGGCGCACAAGCGACAGCGUACAAUAAAACAAUUGGUGGUAAUUGCCUAAAAUGUUGUAAUUUGUAUAUCAACUGGACGCAAACUGACGUGCAAAAUGAUAAUUUUUUGUACGUAUUUUUUUCUGUUUACGAAAGUAACGAAAAAACAAAAACACCAUUUUCCUAUUCGCCACUGCCUAUGCAUUGUACCAUUUAUGAGGACGUCGACGCUAUAUAUAUUUUGUACAGAUUUGUAAAUGUCUAUUUUGUGGUUCGUUAACAAAAAAAACUUGUUCAUUUAACAAAAUUUAAUGUAUGUUUUUGUUGAAGAAAUUACAAAAAAAUAAAGUAAUGAUGGAAGUGCUAAGAUCAAAAGAAGAAAAAGUAAGAAUCUUUAUUUUUCUCUCGUUAUAAUGAAAAAAAUGCGUUCGAACAACGCCGCUAAUGGUUAACAAGACUCGGAACAGUAUGAGACCCGUUAUUUUUAUUACGAAGUUGUAAAUAAUUAUGCAGAGGGAGAAAGUGAGAGAGAAAGAAAGAAAGAAUUAAAGAAAAAUCGUGCGCUUCGCUGUCUAAUGUCUUGUUACCAGUUACAGCGGUCUCUACGUCUAGGAACAAAUCAUAAAAGAAAAUGUCUAUGUAUAGUAAACUAAGCUUACCAAUUCUAGUGUGAUUUCUACGUUGGCCUUGAAAAAUCAAAGAUAAAAAAAAUUAUGAUCUAUUUAAAAGAAAAAAAAAACAAACUGGAGAGGAGAGAAAUAAAGAGAAAGAAAUGUACGUUAUUAUAUUGGGAAAGAGACAGAUUAUAACUAUAUAUACACAUAUAUAGUAUAAAUAAAUAUAUAUUUUAUAUUUAAAUAUUAUAGAACUAUAAAAUGAAUCUAUAGUGACCGGUACUCCGACAUCCUCUCUAACACUGACUUGGAAAAUAGGAUGCUCUCAAAUCUGGUAAUAAGUGUUUGUACUUUUUGUUCUCCGUUCAUUGCACCACUCUCCUGACGAGAAAAACAGUAAUAAUGUUCGUCAAUAAAA